CUGGUGAGGUUAGAGGGGUGUCUAUGGAGGUGUCUGGGUCCCUCUCUCUCCAAGCCUCUUACUCCCCCCGUCAGUCCCCCCAGGGGAAGUUGCUGGGGGAGAGGCUGAGCCCUAGUGGGGUGUGUGUCUCUCCCGCCGCUCCCUCUGGCACAGCCCACCCCCACGCGUGUCUCUGCCCUGCGUGCGUGGGCGAUCCCCCCCGGCGGCGCUUUGCAGACGCUCCCUGGCUCUGCCAGGGGAGGGGGGGGGCUGGCUUUGCAGCCUGGUUGCUGGGGGUUCGCGUGCAGACCUGGGGCUGGCCGGUGGGUGGCGCAGGACGGGUUCGGAGCUGGGCUGCCCCACGGCCUGUCCGUCUCAGCGUCCCUGUGCGGUGCCCAGAGGGCAGCCAGGGGCCCGCCAGGCCGGGGCGCCAGGACGGAAGGAAAAUGACCGAGAGGAAUAACCGGAGGCGGACGAUGAAGAAGGACGAUGAGGCCUACGAGAUCUCCAUCCCCUUCGAGGAGACACCCCAUCUAGAGCCCCAGAUCUUCUACAGCCUCAGCCCCCCCCAGAGCAACUUUGAAGAGCUGCCGGAGCCGCCCCCGCCUGCCCUGGCGCUGAUGAGCAGCAUGAAGACCCAGCUGCACAUGGCCCUGGAGCGCAACUCCUGGCUGCAGAAGCGCAUCGAGGACCUGGAGGAGGAGCGGGACUUUCUGCGCUGCCAGCUUGACAAAUUCAUCUCCUCCGCCAAGGUGGACGCCGAGGAUCACUGCCGCAGCAAGCAGCCCCCGCGGCGGGCGGAGGCGGCUGAGAGCCGGCCUGGCGAGGCCACGGACAACGAGAGCCUGGCAUCCUCACUCAGUGCUGCCUCGGAGCAGGGUGGCUCUGCCGAGCGGAAGAAGCAGAAGGGGGGGGUGAGCCGGCGGCGCUUCGGCAAACCCAAGGCCCGUGAGCGCCAGCGAGUCAAGGAUGCCGACGGGGUCCUAUGCCGCUACAAGAAGAUCCUCAACACCUUCCAGAAGCUGAAGAGCAUGAGCCGGGCCUUCGAGCACCACCGGGUGGAUCGCAACACGGUGGCGCUGACCACGCCCAUCGCCGAGCUGCUCAUUGUGGCACCUGAGAAGCUGGCUGAGGUGGGCGAGUUUGACCCAUCCAAGGAGCGGCUGCUGGAGUACUCGCGCCGCUGCUUCCUGGCGCUGGACGACGAGACCCUCAAGAAGGUGCAGGCCCUCAAGAAGAGCAAGCUGCUGCUGCCCAUCACCUACCGCUUCAAGCGGUGAUGGGGCCCCCUGCUGCCCCCCCACCCUGGGACCCAUCACCCUGCAAACCGCCCUAUCCCACUGCCGCCACCAGUGCUGCCCCCUGGGACGCCCUCAAGCCACCCUAUCCCACGGCUGAUACCAACGCUGCCCACAGGACCCCCUUGGACCACCGCAUCCCACCCCUAACACCAACACUGCCUGCCCCCUGGGAUUCGUCAUCCUGACCACUGGCCUAUCCCACAGCUGACGCCAACACUGCCCCUGGGAUCCCUGUAAACCACCCUAUCCCACUCUGCCGCCAACACUGACCCCCCAGGACUCCCUUGAACUGGCCUACCCCACUGCUGAUGCCAACACUGCUCCCAGGAUCCCCUUGGACCGCCCUGUCCCACGGCUGACACUAACACUGCCCCCUGGGACUCCCUCAAACCACCCUAUCCCCCCUCGACACCAAUGCUGCCCUGGGACCCCUCAAACCGUCCUAUCCCACUUCUCCCACCAAUGCCGCCCCCAUCCCCUGGGAUCUGUCACCCCGUGAAUUGGCCUAUUCCCACUCUGUCCUGUAGGACUCCCUUGAACUGGCCUAUCUCACCAAUGCUGCCCCCAUCCCACAGCAUCUGUCAUCCCACGAACCUGCCUAUGACACUGCUAACACCAAACAGUGCCCCCUGGGACUCCCUCAAACCAGCCUAUUCCACCACUGACACAAACGCCACCCCCCUGGGGCCCCUCGAAACACCCUAUCCCAUGGCUGACACAAAUACGUAGCCAAUCCCUGCUGCCCAUCACCUCAAGCAGUGAUAGGACACCCCUCCUCCCUCCACAAAAACACUACUGCCCCCCUGGGGCACCCCCUCCCACAGCUAUUGCCCCCCAGAUCACCUCUUGCUCCAAGCAAUGAUAGGACUAGGACCCUAUCCCCACACUGCUGCCCAUCACCUAUCACUUCUGGGAGUAAUGUGACAUCCCACCCCCACUGCAUGUGAUCCCACCCCUCCCACCAUUGCCCCUCGUACCAACCUCCUGGUACUGCUGCUCACCCGCUAUUGCUUCAAACAAUGGUGGGACCCGGCCCUGCUACCAUCGAAUGCCGCACUUCUGCCACUUCAGCUUGCUCCUUCGCCUGUCCCAUCCCUCUGCCAGUGCCCUCUGCCUGUGAUCUGCAACCACCCUUGCCAAAUCUCUCCAUGCCGCCACGUGAUGAAUGGCUUCAUUCCUUCCUCUUUCUGUGCACACCAUCUGCUGGUCUCAGCACAGCUGACCCAGGACACCUGGGUUCUCUCCCCGGCUCUGGGACAGGAGUGGAGUCUAUUGGUUAGAGUAGGGGGGUUGGGGGGGCCAGGAUUCCUGGGUUCUAUUUACCCUCUCUGGGGCCUUGGGGAAAUUCCAUUUUUCCUCCACACUGGCAGAGCGGGGAUCUCUCCCCUUUCCCGAGGCUGAGUGAGUGGUGGGGCAGAGCAAGGCGUGGGUGUCAGUUCUGGGAAGGGGCUGGGCCCCCCACUCCUGGCCCAGGUCUGCCCAUGAGAGCAGCUGAACUGCUGGGCCAUUGGGGAGGUUGGCAUUGGGGCGUGGCUCUUCGAGGCCCAUUCCCACAUCCCUGUCCUGGGGUAGGAGGGCUGUGCUAGCCGGGGCUGGGCUGGUGCUAGCCGGGGGGCUAGCGCAAGGGGCCAUGAGCUGGGUGCUUUCUUGUGGCUCAAGGGGUUCUCGUGACAUGGGUGGGGCGGGGCUGGCUGGACCAGACUCCGGGAGUCGGGUCAGGUACGAAAAUGCCCAGGUCUCCUGCCCGUGAGGUCAGUCUGGCUCUGCUGUGGGAAUGGGCCAUGGGAGGGGGAGGAGGGCCGGUCCCACGGCGGGAGCUGGCACUGUAGGAAGGGGUGGGGUCAGGUUGGGAAACUAUUUAACCCUCUUGGGCUCGGGUCGACUUCUGGCUUAAAAAUGAGGCCUGAACAGACCACUAUGACUCAGCGGGGUGGAGGGUGGGACAUGGGGCCUUUCUCUUCUUGAGGGCGCCUGCUCUGAUCUGAACCCCAUGGACUGGCUGGCUCAAGGGGGUUGGGAAUGGGAAACGGCGCCUGUCCCCUCUAGGGGACGCCAGCUCCCAUCUGGCCGGGCAGGGACUGACUGGCUCACUCAGGGGAGUGGGGAAUGGGGUACGGGGCCUGUCCGCUCGAGGGGGCACUAGCUUUGAUCAUGACCAAGCUUGUCAAUUUCACCCCUAAGUUCUACAGUCCUGUUAAAGUUAUGGGGCAGAGCGGGGACAGUAGCGCUGAGCUGAUUGGCCAAACAGACUGCAGGGGGUUGUGCUGAUUGGUUAAUAGCUGCCCGGGCUAUGUCUCCAACUUGGGGUCCUGAUUCUGGACCCAACCUGCCUGCCUUGCCCUGAACUGCCCCCUUUGAUCCGUUCCACAUACAGAUGCCUUCCCCCCCAACCGUCCCAUAUUGCUUAGACACCAAACCUGACCCCCAUGCUUCCCACCCUCCCCACACCCUGCUCCAUUGCCUGCAGACACUGCCCUCUCCUCAGCAGGGCAGGAGCACCCCCUCCCAUGCCAACGGCAAUCUGGGGUUCCUACUCCGUCUGCCCCGGCCUGGCAGCAAUGGAAGCUCCAGAUAGGGUCCUCCAUCCCGCCCCACUCACGGGGGUUGUCAUUGAUUCACUUCGCUCCCUGUUUUCGGGGGUGAUUUCCCCUCCCCCCACUGCGGCUCUGAGCCACCAGGCCUGUAUGUGUGUGUGAGUGCAAGGGGCUGUACGCGGCAGCGUGGCCGGGACGUCCCUUUUUAUUCAGUGUAACAAACUCUCUUCUCCACUGUGCCUGUUCUUUCAUGCCCUCUCUAUGUUUAAAAAAAAAAAGAGAAAAGAAAAAAAAUCUACAAAAAAAAUCAAUUUAUUAAUAGAAUUUAAAUUAAAAAAAGAUGAAAAUUUGGAAUAAA